AUGACUUCUGGAGUCGCCAUUCCUGGAACCGUCCAGCUCGUUGAUGUCCAAGGCAUCUUCAACGUGAAACAUGGCCAACAAUCACGCGACAUCGUCCUCGUUCCGCAGCCCACUGACGACCCCGAUGAUCCUCUUCGCUGGAAUAUCCCUCGAAAGACAAGGAAUAUCAUCUGCGCCAUGGUAUGGUGCUUCUUCGUGGCUGCUAUGAUUUCUGGUCUGUCACCAGCGUACAUCUUGAUCGAGGAAGACACUGGUAUUUCGAUCGCAGACCUGAGUACUGGCAAUGGAAUUCUGUUUCUUUUCCUUGGUUGGGGGACCAUGAUUACCCAAUGCGUUGCUCUUGCAUAUGGCCGACGCCUUACUCUUAUUGUUUCUGUCAUUCUCACCACUGGAAUCACUCUUUGGACUGCGUUUAUCAAGUCAAGAGGAGAGUUCUUCACAAACCGAGUUCUGCUUGGUAUCUGUGCUUCACCCCAAGAGACUCUCAUCGAAGUCAUUAUUGGAGACAUCUUCUUCGCACAUGAUCGAGGCUUCUACAUGGGUGCCUAUAGCUGGACUCUAUGGUGCGGCGCGUUCCUCGCACCCGUGGCAUCUGGCUAUGUUGCCCAGGAGCUCGGCUGGCGAUGGAUCCAGUACAUCCUCGCAAUAAUCGGAGGAAGUGUCGCUAUUAUCACCUUUUUCCUGUUCGAAGAGACUAUGUUCUACCGCCACCACGACGUCGGAAACUUAUCUGAUACAGCUGCGCUCGACCCAGCUACCAUCAAAGCCUCUGCGACAGUCGGAAAAGACAUCGAGACUCCAUCAGAGAAGCAAAACCCUUCUGUUCAAGACGAGAAGUUCACAUCAAGAUCUAUGGAGGCAACGGCGUUUGCAUCAGGUGAGAGCGAAAAGACCUAUCUGGGAAAGCUUAAGGUCUGGGGUUAUCACGACUCCCGACAGCCUAGCACCUUCAAGCUCUUCUUCCUCCCCAUCCGCCUGCUAUUUUCGUUCCCCGGUAUUGGUUUUGGUGGUCUUCUCGUCGGUGGGAUUCUCGCCUGGUAUAACGUUGUGGGAGGUUCCCUGGCUCUGAUCCUGGGCAAUCCUCCUUACAACUUUAGCGCCAACAACAUUGGACUCACGUACCUUGCUUCUGUUGUCGGUGUCACUGUUGGAUGCUUUCUUUCGGGUUGGAUGUCAGAUGCCCUGGCAUUGUUCCUUGCCCGUCGAAAUGGAGGUGUCAUGGAACCCGAGCAGCGUCUCUGGACUUGCCUUGUCGCUCUUGUCAUGCAUCCGGCGGGUUGUCUGUUGUAUGGCGUUGGCGCUUCGUAUCAUAUCCACUGGUUCGGAGUUGUCUUUGGCCUCGGGUUGAUCUGCGUAACUCUUCCCAUGGGCUCCAAUCUCGCCUUCACUUAUAUCCUUGACACUUACAAGGAGGUCGCCGGCGAAGGUCUUGUAUCGACCAUCUUGAUUCGCAACAUGAUGGGUUUCGCGUUUGGGUACGCCGUGGUUCCAAUGAUCGAGAACCUUGGACUUCGCAAUGCCUUCAUCCUCAUUGCCGUGUUGGGAGAGGCUGUCUGGUGCACUGCGAUCAUGAUGAUAUAUGUUGGCAAGCCUCUAAGAAGAUGGACCGCGCAUUCUUAUUGGAAUCUCAUUGAGCAUUACGGCGCGACUGCUCAUUGA